ACAUUCUUACUGUAUAUGAUCACACAGGCUGAACUGCUGAUCUCACUCAGAAUGUCUCUGACUGUUUCUCUGCUGUUUCUGCUCUUCAUCUCUGGAGUUGUUGCUCAGAAUGGGUGGAGUGUGAGAUACAAUCAAAAUUAUUUCUGUGCUCUAAAGGGGUCUGAAGUGACCAUGAGCUGCACUUACACAUAUCCAAGUGGUUACAAGGUCCAAAAAGCUUUCUGGACCAAACAGUGGGGUCAAGGUUCAGAGCCUCCUGAUCUGUCAGAUGAUCCAGAGUACAGUGGCAGAGUUCAGUACCUCGGAGAUAAACACAGUGACUGCACUCUCAGACUGAGUGAUGUGAGAGAAGAGGAUCAAAGUAAAUACUACUUCAGAUUUAUAACAGACCAAACUGGAGGAAGGUAUCAAGGUGCAGAAGGAGUUGAUCUUUCAGUCACAGAUCUCCAGGUGGAGGUUCCUGAGAGAGUGAUAGAGGGAGAUAAAGUCACUCUCACAUGUAAAACCACCUGCAGUCUGACAGUCAGACCAACAUUCACCUGGUACAGAAAUGGACAUCGUUUAUCCUCCAGUACUGACCAACUCCACCUGCAGCCGGUCAGCAGGGAGGAUGCAGGCAGGUAUCGCUGUGCUGUACUGGGUCUUCGCUCUCCUGAGGUCACUCUGAAUGUCAGAUAUGGCCCAAAGAGCAUCUCAGUGUCCGUCAGUCCUUCUGGUGAAAUAGUGGAGGGCAGUUCAGUGACUCUGACCUGCAGCAGUGAUGCAAACCCACCUGUGGAAUAUAACUGGUUUAAAGGAACAUCAUUAGUAGCAAAAGGAGAGACUUACACAAUGAACAAGAUCAGCUCUGUGGACAGUGGAGAAUACAAGUGCAGAUCCAGUAAUGAACAUGGAGAGAAACUCUCUGAAGCUCUAACUCUGAAUGUUUUGUAUCCUCCAAAGAACAUCUCAGUGUCCAUCAGUCCCUCUGGUGAAAUAGUGGAGGGCAGUUCAGUGACUCUGACCUGCAGCAGUGAUGCAAACCCACCUGUGCAGAGCUACACCUGGUUUAAAGAAGGUGGAAGCUCACCUGUAGGAUCUGGACACAGUUACAGGGCUCUACAGAGUGGAUCCUACUACUGUGUGGCUCAGAAUGAACACGGAUCUCAGAAAUCAGCUGCAGUGACUGUCACUGUAAAAGGAGAAAGCGAAGAGGCAAUUCACUUGAUAAUGCAAACCAAACACAGGCAAAACGUUGACACUAAUGCUAAGGACGACACGUACACAGCUCUUGACCCCGUGUCCAGGUCCUCUGAUGAUGUGUACUGCACACUCACAAACGUUGACCCUAAUGCUAAGGACGACACGUACACAGCUCUUGACCCCGUGUCCAGGUCCUCUGAUGAUGUGUACAACACACUCACAACUGUUCAUUCCAGUCCUUCUGAUGAUCUGUACUCAGCUCUGGAUCCUCAGUCUCGCUCUCCUGAGUACGACACUCUAGCAGUUGUUCUCAGCUAG